UCCGUGUCCCUGGCUGCCAUUAUUCAGUUAUUGCUUACAUUGUUCAUUCCUUAAGGCGGGAGGCAGGAGAGCAAAACAAGAUCUUGCCUUGAAGAACACGCGGUUUGUUCAGACAGGUGCAACAUACUGGCAAGUAUGUUUACCUUAUGAUCAGUGAGAUGAAUAGAGGAAAACUGUUAAAAACAGUGAGUAGAUAGUUGAAGCUGGGUUUAUUGGUCUGUAAAUCAGUAUGAAUGAGCUGAUAAAGCCACUUGUGGGAGGAGACAAGUCAGGAGCUUGUAAGGAUGUUGAGUCUGUAAUAUAACAAGUCAAUUAACAAUGGAGAAAGACUUCCUGGGGGAAGGAAAAGGAAUUCCUAUUUCUCAGUCAUAUGACAAAUGUAAACACUGCCUCAUGCACUUACUGCUGAAUUACAUACAUGUUCUCAAGGGGUAUGUUUCCCUGCAACGUUUGUCACAGAUUAAAAAAACAAAACAAAACAAAAAAGACAAUAAAAAGUGAUUAGAAGAAGAGAGGUAUUUUAUCUGUUAUUUAUCUAAUCAGUCUGCAAUCAUUUGCUUUGCUUUUGGUGAAAAGUGGGCCAGAAAAACCCUGAGAUCCAAUUUCUAGGCUUGAUUUUUAAUUUGCGAUGCUUAUCUCUGUUGGUAAGCUUAAGAUGCCCUAUUUACCAUGCCGUUUUAAUAAACCACACUGAGUAGCAGAUAUAUUAUAUGCGUCUUGCAUACAGACACUGAAUUUUUUUAAAUAGUCAUCUUGUAAAUAAAGUUUCUCACUUGAACAGAUUGCCAAGUCCUCAAGAAUUUUCAUUGCCUUUCAAGCACGUGAGUGAUUUCAUGACUAACUGUGAAAAGUUAGCCAACUUGAUCAAAUAAAGCAAUGGCUGUUAAAAUGAAGUUUGUUCUUUCUAGCCAGUUCUCUCAUUGCUCCAUUUUUAAAAAAAAUAUAUGUAUAUAUCAGUGAAAGUUUCUCGAUAGAAAAGAGACAUCCAUGUAACAACCUCUCAACAUUCACUAAACCUACGUGGAUUUCUCUGACAAACCCACAAACCUCCACAUGCAUCCAUCAGACUCAUAAAGGGCAGAAUGAGUUUACCAAUCAUUUAGGAAAAUUCCUAUACCAUAAACCGUCUUCAGUUUGAGCUGGUUCACAUGUGAGAACACUGGCAAGCAGUUCUAUCUUGCAACCUACUCAUUCUACAGCCUCUUCAUCUCCUCUGCUGAUAUUCUAGGUUCACAACAGAGAUGAGUUGCUAGAGGAGAUCUCUGAAACAAUUAUAUUUAUCAGCAGAGCUAGACCACAGCUUGUGUUUCCAAAUGACAGAGCCAUGAUAUAAUCAGUGAUUGCCAGUUGUCUCAUAUGUAUGGUGGCACCCUCUUUCUUACUGAAAGGUCAACGCACAUAAGUGUUUCCAAAAAUCUAUGCACCCAACCUUUUCAGUUGCAGUGCUCUAGUUGGGGCUACCGUUUAACUGGUAUUUUCAUGCCGAAACUAUUGACACCCGUGGUUCUGGUAGUGCCUAAGAUGAGCUUAAUUGCUGGUUUUACAAACUCAUGCAAGGCAAGUACAGUUUCUUAGAAGAAAGAAGUGUAAAUGAGAAACUGUACUCAGACAGUCUCUGUCUCAUUGGAGUCUUAGACCUGACAGAUUUUCCUAUGCAUUCAAGAAUCCAAUAACUUGCUAUAUUUCACAUAAAUACUGCUGGGACAUGCAGUAACCUUUGCUGGAAUAGCAUGACAAGUUACUGGGGGAUUGCAUACUAGUGAAGAGAUAGGGAAGUGUAAGGAUGCAUCAAGAGUGAUUCAUAAUAUGGGUACAGCUUGGCAACUUGUUCUCUUUUGAGCAGACCCCAAUAGCUGUAGAUAUCUGAAUCCCCAUCUUUCUAUCCUUGCCUCACCAUUGUUUUAAGGAGGAGUAGAGUAUCAAGGAUAAGAAAUCUGCCAGAACCUUAUUCUUUUUAUUUUUUUCUGUGGUGCACUCUCCAAUCAAAACUUUCUCACAGGAGAGACCUGUGACCACAGGACUCUAUCUUUCUGGAUGUGUUUCAGACACUCAAUCUGCUUCCGCUGUAUAAAAUUGCAUCUGACUGACCUUGACCUUCUUAGACAUUGGGAUUCUUCCCCUGCACGUGUCCAGCUAGAGGUUUUUAAAUCUUUUGAUCUCCUGCAAAGACAAUUUAUAUCUUCUAAAUAAAAAACAAAAAAUUCCAUCAAGAAGCCCAAAAACAUAGUAGUAGCUGAUUAUUUUUUUUUUUCCCCUCCAACAGAAAGAUGGAAUCAUACCAACCAGAUCCUGAAAAACUAAGAGAUGAGCACCAAUCAGACUACAGGCUUGUUUUUUUAUUGUAUCUGGGCUGGAAUUAGCCCAAAACUACACAUGGUGGACAAUGAACAACACUGUUAAGUGCCAUGAUGAUCACACCCUGGAUAAGUAUUUGUUUCCAUUUGUGUACGGCACUGUGAUGGUGAUCAGUAUUCCCAUCAACUGCAUAUCCCUCUAUGUGUCUUGCAUUCAGGUGAGGAAAAAGAAUGAGUUGGCAGUCUACCUAUUUAGUCUGUCCCUGGCUGACCUGUUGUACUCUGUAAUUCUGCCUUUGUGGAUUGAUUAUGCCUGGAAUGGAGACAACUGGACACUCUCUGCCAGGCUUUGCCAGUUUUCUGCCUUCCUUACAUACAUGAAUUUUUACACCAGCACUGCGUUUCUUGCUUGCAUCUCUCUCGAUAGGUACCUGGCAUUAGUUCACCCCCUGAAGUUCCAGCACUUACGUACAAGAAGAAUUUCACUGAUUGUCAGCAUAAUUGUUUGGCUUCUGGAAGGUACCUUUAAUUCAGUUAUACUGAUGAAUAAAGAAGUAUUUAAUGAUCCUUGCAAUUCUACUAAUCAUAUAUUAUGUUAUGAUAAAUACCCCCUGGAAUGGUGGCAGGCACAGCUGAACUUAUUCCGGAUAUGCUCAGGGUACCUGCUCCCUUUGGCAAUCAUUUUGUUUUGCUACCAUAAAAUCUACCAAGCAGUGAGGUGUAAUCAAGCCACAGUAAAUGAAGAGAAGAAAAAAAUCAGGAAACUUAUACUGAAUAUCACAGUUAGUUUUAUUAUUUGUUUCACUCCUUAUCAUGUUGUAUUGCUUAUUCGGAGCAUCAAAGAACCUCAGACCUCUAACCUACAGCUUCUACAGUCAAUGUACAAAAUCUACAGAAUCACACAAGCCUUUACAAGUUUGAAUUGCAUUGCUGAUCCCAUUCUUUACUGCUUUGUGAGUGAAACUGCACGAACAGACAUUCUGAAUUUGCUCAGGUGUUGCUUAUACCUACAAAAGCCUGAAGGAAACCAACCAGAAGAACAUGCUUUGUGCAGUUCUGUUACAAAGAGCAAUGCACUGGUCACCUACAGAUCUUCCUGUGAAACUGAAACUCUGUAAAACGUCUGUGAGAUCACAGUCAAAGAAAAAGUGGAUAAUGUAAAGGGAAAAAAAAGUAAAAAUAAAUCUUCCCUUGUCUGUAUCUAAGUAAACAACUCCAAAACAAUCUAAUCUAGGUGAAACCAGUAGCUGGAACUAAUAAGAAUAUAUUGCAGGGUCAGUUAAAUCAGUGGAGCAUCAUGACAUUUCUUAAAAUCAGGUGUGAUACGUAAAUCAGUGUCAACAAACAGUCAAGGAAAAAGAACAUGAUAUGCUGACAGAAUUACAGAGGGUCCCCCAAAGAACUUCCUCCUGUCUCAGCUUGCUAGCUAGCCCACAUGCUCAGUACACUUGUACUUAGCUGCAAGAAGGCUGAAGUCCUUUUAAUCUAGUUUUCCAGUUUUAACAGAAAUCUUCAAGUUCAUCUGAGAAAGAUUCUUCUGUAUGAUUUUUUUCUUAAAUCAGUACUGUGAUAGAAAUGAAUGAAAAAUGCACACACGCAAAGAAUAUUCAAAUGAUUGACAAAGGAGCAGACAAACUGAUAGUGUUAUGAUGAUUCCUGAUUCAGUAAUGACUCAAAUGCUCCUUCAGCAUAACCUCCCCAAUUAACCACCUCUUAAAAUUGUUUACCUCAUGUAGACAAUUACUUACCUGAUCUUAUGCGUUUUAGCUUUUGGGAAAUGUAUGUUUUAAUGUAUAUUAUCACAUGGCAUGCAGUUUCAUUACAAAUACUGAAUUUCAGACAACUGAAGAUUCAUUAAUUAGAAUACACAUAAGGAACAAAAUUCAAGCCGCAGCUGGAUAACUAAGGUGAAAUUUUACUUUACAUGUUCAUGAAGGAACAGAAAGGAUUGGAAGGUGAGGUUUCAUGUCUCCAUGAAAGAAAAGACCUAUCUUUGGUCUAGCUUCUAGUGACCGAAAUCUGGAGUACAGUUUUGUUUGUAGAGUCAAAGGAGCAAAAAGAUUUAUAUUCAUUUACUUAUUCUCAGUCAGACAAUUAAAUAAAAAUAAUAUAUCAGUAAGCUAACAAACAAUACUAACAAGCCAUAAUAAUAACAAUAACAAACAAUAAUAAGGCAACAAAAUAACACAAAUAUUGAAGGUUGAAGUUUAGCACAGAUCAAAAUUAGAGCUGUUAAUGCAGAGAUUUGUUCACAUGGUUCACAGACAGCAAUAGCUGCACAUUCCCAUGAAAAGAUGGUCAAAAUUUGUCUUCUCUCACAAAGUUUUCACUUUUGGCCAGUUUCCAGGAAGAAUGUUCAGUUGCAGUGGUUUCCCAAUUUCAUAAAGGAUAAAAAAAAGUAUUUCCACCAAAAAUGUCCCUCUAUCAAGUCUGUAAUGGAAAGAAUUUUAACCAGCAUUUUUCAGCACACAUCCAGGACUGAUAUUAUACUUGAACGACCAGCAUACUGUGUCAGCAUGGAAAUUCUUAAACAGGAUCCCUCUGCACAGAAAAUAUCUCCAUUACAAAGAACCACUUUCAUUCCACUGUUCCCAAUUAUAUCUAUUUAUAUUUUUUUAUUUAUUUCACAUCCUGAGAAGGGAACUUGAGAGGCUGAGGACACUGGGCACGUUCAGAUUGGAGAAGAUUUUGGGGGUCCUAAUGGCAGUCUUUCUAUACCUGCA